ACAGCAUUGUAAAGACCCCACUCAACAAUGUCUUGGCACAACGAAGGAGUAAGAGUUACAGGAGAUCCAUGCAAAGCUGUGUUGAAGCAACUAAUCUUGAGUACACAUCAGGCCAUCUGACAGCUCUAAGAACACCAAGAAGUAGAAGAACUCCAAAAUCACGUGAUAUCACAGUAAGUAGCUAAAACCAAUAAUUGUGGUUGUAUUCACAACUCUUCAACAUCAUUGUGUAAAGUUGACACGACUAAUCUGUAGGCUUGAUCCUUAGCCCUACUUGAUAUUUUCAGACAUUAUCCCUUGAGUGUGUAAUAUUUGAAUCCAUCUGACUUCUCUCUUUGCUCUCUAGAAACAGGUUGACCCAGAUCAAGUGGCACUCCUGGUGACGAAGGAAUGGCAGCUGUCGUACGUCACACCUUUGUACCAUUUCAGACACACUCAGUUGAAAUACUACUCAAAGCAGCUAUCAGCUUUCAUUGUAUCAGAGAAGCAACAGGGCCUGGCGAUUGAAGUUGGCCAGGAAUUGGGCUUCAAGGUCAAUUUUUCGGUGGUCCUGGGGUUGGCAGAGAUGGAUGAAGAUGCGGAGACGGUUUUCAUACAGGUAAGGGUUUUUUCUCAAAAUGUAAUUUACAGUACAUACUAUAUUCUUCUGUGAAAUCCGACUUUGGUGUUCAACAUCAUCUGUUGUUCUCUUCCUCACAGAUUCUCUCCAAACAAGCGUUCGCUGCAAAAGAUGACGCUCAGAAGGUUGUGUGGAGUGGCUGGCUGACCUGCGUCAACGGUGACUUGGAAUAUCUCCGAUCACUACCAUCGGAAUUUGUCAGUUUGCCUUUGCUCUGUACCAGGGGACCAGAGUCUCUCACAGUGUUGAUCAAAUCCUGGUUUGAAAAGACAUUUGACUGUUGUUUCGGCCCUCUUGGUAUCAACUCUACCAACCUCCAGUGGCUCGCAGCCCUGUGGACUGGGUGCCACCCCACCAUCAACAUCCAGUACCUGAAACUGGUCUGGACACUCCCAACACUACCCCCUAUGGACGUGAAGUACACCAUCCACCCACAAGAUGCCUGGGAGCUAUGGGACAGCGUGCGGCAGGAUGACAUUACAGAUGUCAGCAUCGAGGAGGUCACCAGGUUCAUCAAAGUGCUGCAGUCACACUUCUUCAGGCACUUCAGGAUAGACUUGUCUGCUGGGUCACUGAUGCAGGUCUCCACGGCUUUGGGUUCUUCUCACCAUAGUGGAAAAAUCAAGGUAGAUAUCAUGCACACAUCUGGAGAAGUAUCUAGAACUUUAGAUCCUAAUGAAAUGUUAUGACUGAAACAUAUCUGCGAUCCCUUUUCCUUAACAGAUUGCAAGCCCUACCUACAUCACCACCAUCCUGCAGCUGCUGACAGAAUGUGCCCUCCUGAAGAUGCCCAUCUAA